AGAGAGAGAGAGGGCCGAAUGGCCAAUCCGAUUUGCAGCAUGGCUGGGAGCUGCGACAAGUGUUGGGGGGGAUGGAGUUAACCAAGGGUUAAAUCCUAAACCCCAGGUUAAACCCUGAGUGGGGGGUUUUAACACUCCGUAGGGGGAGGGAGCUAGCUAGAGAGAGGGGAAGUGGUACACACACACAGAAAGUCCCAACUUCCUUUAAUUUCUUCUUCAAUCUCUUGUCUACCUCUCUCUCUCUCUGUUUUGGUAAACCACUUUAGGUCACCAGAAUUCCCAAAAAAAGCCCAUGGAUAGGUAGCGGGGUCCCCAUCAGAGCCACAAAUCGAUAGGAAAUCUCUGUUUAUUUAUUAAAUCCCAUUUCUUCGUUAGUGUUGAUCAGUGUGUGCGCGCGGGUGUGUGUCUUGUCUUUUUCUCUAUAGGGGCAUUGCGAGGUUUGGGGAAGACGGAGGAGAGAGCUAGAGGUGGGAAUGAAGGGAUCUCCUUGUAGUUAUUCAAGCGGCUCAUCAUCAUCUUCGAUUGGGGGCCGAUCGCCCAAACCCAGGACCAAACGGGUGAGGAGGAAGCCCAAUCCGGGUGAUCAGAAAUGCCCCAAUGCCGACGCACCCGGGUCAGCCCGCCGGAGCUCCAUUUACAGAGGAGUCACCAAGCACAGGUGGACGGGGAGGUUUGAGGCGCACCUCUGGGACAAGUCUACUUGGAACGACAUUCAAAACAAGAAAGGACGACAAGUCUAUUUGGGUGCAUAUGAUAACGAGGAGGCUGCGGCUCACACCUACGAUCUCGCUGCCCUCAAAUACUGGGGCCCCGCCACCACUUUGAAUUUCCCGAUAGACACCUACAAGAAGGAGAUGGAAAAAAUGGAGAAAGUGAGCAAGGAAGAGUACCUGGCGUCGCUCCGCCGCCGCAGCAGCGGCUUUUCCCGAGGCGUUUCCAAGUAUCGCGGCGUCGCUAGGUGCAGACAUCACCACAACGGACGGUGGGAAGCUCGAAUCGGCAGAGUCUACGGCAACAAAUAUCUCUACUUGGGAACUUACAAUACUCAAGAGGAAGCAGCAGCAGCAUACGACAUGGCCGCCAUACAGUACAGAGGGGCCAACGCAGUCACCAACUUCGAUCUCAGCAACUACAUAGGCCGGGUCGACAUCCGGCCCCUCCCCGACCAAGAAGCCCAACAACAAGUCCAGGCCCAGUACCAAGACCAGGCCCAAGCCCAAAAGCAAGACCCGGACGGGCCGGACCUCCUCAUGCUGGCCUCCCACCCCCACGCCCACCCUCAGGCUCAGGACGAGCAGGGGCUGGUGCUGGACCUGUACGAGCCCAACCUCCUGCCCUGGAGCCUCUGUUUGGACGCGGGGUUCCCCGACGUCCCCGUCGGGGAGUUGCCGGACUUGUUUGGCGACAGGGGGUUCGAGGACAACAUCGAUUUCAUGUUCGAAGGCUGCGGGGGGACCGGGAAUUGCGAUUCCCUGGAAAAUCAAAGUUUUGGGGAGGAGGGAUUGCUGUGCCAUUUUUCUUCUUCGCCGUCGGAUUCCAGUUCCACGACGACUUCUGUUUCUUCCUUUGGCUGUUCUGAUUGAUCGGGAACGGAUUUUGGCGUUUGGGAGAUUUGGGAUUGGCGUGGGUGUGGGGAUGAGCUGUGGUUAGAUGGGGGAAAGAUCCAAAUUGUGCUUGGCAUUUUCCUACUUGCAUUUGUCUUUUCCUUCUGCUCUUUCUACGGAGGAGAAAAUAAAAAUUGGAAGACGGAGAGAGGUCUUUAUUUUAUUUUGAAUAAAAAUAAUUAUUUUAUUUCUCA